CCAAUUUGAACGUCAGGUUUCAGACAAAAAGGACAAAAAAACUGACAGGCGUUAUAUUUGCAGCAUCUACGUGACGUCAUCAUCCGGAGCCCGUAUUUACUUCUGGUCCAGUUAGCUCAGCCCGCUGCAAUGGAGGUAAACAGGGGCGAAGCGGAGCGCUGCAUUGACAUUGCAACUGCGGCGUUAACCAACGACCAGCCGGACAAGGCGCAGAAAUUCCUGGAGAAGGCGCAGAGGCUCUUCCCGACAGAGAAAGCGAAGGUACUCCUGGAGCUUAUAGCAAAAAAUGGAUUUACACCCAGACACGACUUCAGUGGGGGUUCAGGGUCUCGACAGCGGCAGAGCAACAGCGAGUAUGCCAGACCUGAAGAAAAGUCUUCAGACACCUCAAAGUCCUACACGGCAGACCAGCUCGAUGCUGUGAAGAGGAUAAAACAAAGUAAAGACUUCUACGAAAUUCUCGGGGUCCAGGCAGACGCUCCUGAAGAUGAACUCAAAAGAUCAUAUAGAAAACUUGCUUUGAAGUUCCAUCCAGACAAGAAUCACGCUCCUGGUGCGACAGAAGCGUUCAAAGCUAUUGGAAAUGCGUAUGCUGUUCUGAGUAAUGCGAAGAAAAGACAACAGUAUGAUCAAUGUGGCGAAGAGAAGAAGCAUCCUUCAAGCAACAGCCCGGACAAUGGGAACUUUGAGGCAGAUAUUUCCCCUGAAGACCUUUUUAACAUGUUUUUUGGAGGAGGUUAUCCAUCAAGUAGUGCUAAUGUGUACACUAAUGGGAGGAUGCGUUCCCAAAGGCGAGGGAGAAGAGAGCCACAGCGGGAAGGAGGCCUCGCUCUCUUGGUGCAGGUCAUGCCCAUCCUCAUCCUUGUUAUUGUGUCGGCCCUCAGUCAGAUCAUGGUCAACAGCCCCACGUACAGCCUCAGCUUCAGGCCGUCGGCAGGUUACACGCAGAGGAGGCUGACUAUGAACCUGAAGGUGCCAUAUUAUGUUGGGGAGCAGUUUGCCAGUGAGUUCACUGGACUGAAUUUGAAGAACUUGGAGCGGACGGUGGAGGAGGAUUUUGUUUCCAACCUUCGCGACAACUGCUGGAAGGAGAAACAACAGAAGGAGGGCAUGUUUUACAGAGCUCGCUAUUUUGGAGACACUGAUCAGUACCAAAGAGCACAGAGGGCUGGAACACCAAGCUGCGCCAAGCUGUCCGAGAUCACAGCUUCAUUACACGGUUGAUGCCGCUUUCAUAAGUAAAAUGUGUCCAGAACCAACACAACAGAUUAUUGGCUGUAAAUAGAUGCUUUAACAAUCUGGAGACUGAAGAUGACUCAACAAGCAACACAAACAAACCAGCACCCAAAGCAUCAAAUUGACCACACAAACUGGUUGAAGCCAUUACUGUGGAAUUUUAGUCAUGGAAAUGAAAAUAUAAUGCUAAUAUAAUGUUUUGAGAAUAGAGGGGAAAACAUUUAUUAUUGUUUAUCCAUCUGAUUAGAUUGGGGUUUUGGACAAAUUCCACGUCCCAGUUUUGAACGAGAGCCAUUAAGCUGGCACAGGUCACUUUAUGGUUUUGCGAUAAUAAAGUUUGGAACAGGAACAUAAUGAGGUUAGAUCUAGUCGUACAGAUAUUAUUUAUGUAGCAGUUCAUAAGAUAACACACGGAGCGCUUCCUCUUUCAUUUUACACAGUCAAAUCAGCAAAGGAGAGGAGUUGGAGGAGGGUUUGCUGAUUUGACAUCAAAUGCACAUUCUGAACUCUGCAGGAAUAAUGUGAAACCUCAAAUGGACAUACACUCAUGUCAAGGGUCAGACAUGGAACACCUGAGACUUGUCUUCUUCUGUCUGUGUCUGUGUGUGUUUGUGUGUCUGCGUGUGUGUGUGUGUGUGAGAGAGAGCGUGAAAUAACAAUUAGGAAAUACCCCUUUACACUUUGCCUCGUUUACUUGUGUUAAGGAUAGACUAGUAUGCAGUGACUUGAUGGCACUUCACAAUAAAAGCCAAUGGAAUAAGAGAUGUGCCUACCCACAAAGUGGGACUUUAACAGGUUCUAGUUUUUGAACGUAAUGUCUCUGAUAAACAUCAUCUGUUGGAAAAAACUAAAAAUUUCUGUCACACCGUUUAUGUUUAUAGAAUGCUAUUUACGUUUUGUAUUAUUUAUUUAGGAAAUGAUUAUCAGACUAUAACAAAACAGUUCUUGCUCACCUUUUCCACCAUGUUUUAACUCCCAGAUGAAAAUAAAUAUGGAUGCCUAAACUU